AUGGGAAAAGCCUCGAAAAAUCGGCUGAUCAUUCCGAUGCCGUUGGCCGCCUCCAGACGCUCUCACGCCGCCCGCUUCAUUCUUGUCAGUUCUAAUAACUAUUGAAUUUGUUGAAUAAAACUAUCGAGUGCAUGAUUCAGACACUCGUAGCAUUCGUGACGAUUUUCGGAAUAGCUACCAACUUCAACUCGACGACGACGUCCCCUUGUCGGCCUGAGGAAAGAGUCAUAGGCGUUGGGCAAAGCGAUGAAGAAGACGUGGAGAACGAACCUCUGCUUCCGCACCAUCCUUUCGACAACCACUGCAAAUUUCCUUUGCCCAAUCACUAUCAAAAAGAUAUCUACGUGAGUGAUUUUAAAAUUUGUAAAAUCAGUGCGAAGGCGUGUCUAGUAGACACUGUUUACGAAGGGGGAUGCGUAGCCAAAUUUCGAACUGCAAAAAGUAGAUCGUUGUAAUCUUCCUGAAUACUGAGCUAUUAGAGAUUUUAGUUUGCUAGGUUUGUGAGUGUCAUGGUUUAAAACUUCUUUGAAGGCCGGAACAAAUAACGUAUACAGUCUCUAAUUCCGAGAAAUUCAACUUUUGGUAUUUCAAACCCCGGGGUUAACACAAACUCAUGUAUGCAACAAUAAUUUCUUCGUAAUCAGAAUUUCAAACUAUGGAUGUUCAAUUUAUUGUACAUGGUUAUAGAACUUCCAAACAUCACCCUGGAUCGACCUAACUUAAAAGCUCAUAAGACUCUAUAAAAUGUUUCGUUUCCUACAGUAUCCGGCGGUCUCGGAACGAAUGCGACAGCUGAAAUGUCCUAUCGAGACCUACGACCUGGCGACGAUGGAUUCUGAGGGCUACAUUUACGUCCAUCCCCACUUCGCCCACUUUCCCAACUACACGCGCAACGUCCAAUGCAAGGUAUAGCCAAUUUUUGACUUAAAAGGAGAUGGGCACAGUUUUAAUGAAGGACUUGUUGCGGUCGCGAUGAGGUUAUCGGAAUCAGAAUUCAAGUAAGAACCUGGAAAUAUCUAGGGAAACAUUUUUUGAAUUCUUAUUAGUCCAAUUAAACAGAAAUAGUAUAAAAUCAAAAAAAACUUAUCGGAGUGAAGAGAAAGAAAGCAGAAAAGGUUUUUUGAACUUUUAUUUUCCAUCGAACAUUGACAACCUUCAUUUUGAGGUUUUCAUUAUCGAAGGUGGAAUUCGCAACAAGAGCACCAACAGUGGCAAAGACACGAUCAACAUCGUCGCCACUAUAAAUGUUAGUUUUGAAGAAAAAACAGCUGAAAACAAAUCAGGAGAAUAAGCCUCGUAAGCGUGUCUGAAAACAAAUGAAAAAACAAGUUGAGGCGCCGGAAAACGAGCGGCUUUGGGUGAACGCCGACGCCUUCUAUAUCAGAUGCUUCAACACGAGCAAAGGGGCCAAAAAUGACACGAUUUGGGAGAAACCUUUUGCCGGAAUGCGGGAUUUGGGCAAGCCUCGAAACACGGUUUGAUAGUAUUCAGAACUCUUUCGAACUGAAUGUCCAGGUCACAAAAGUAAGCGAUCAUCCAUCUUUUGAUAAGUAUGCGAGAAGAUUGAUCGGCCAAAAAUCGACGCCUUCUCAGCGGAUUUCCAUUGACAUUCUUGGGUUUGUGAUGGCUCUUCAAAUCAGGAAAAGUCUUAAUAACAAAAAACCGAACUCCAAAACCUUUUAUCAUAAUCAUCACAGUUGAAGAGUAUCCGCACGAAAAGCAGAAUCCUAUUGUUUCAAAACUUUCUGCUUCUGUUUCAUAGUUUCGACUCGACGUCGAGAACAAUGUUUUUCCGACACCUGCCGAGAACUGUUGAGACAAUGAACAAACUUGGGUAUCACUUUUUCUACGGAUACAACAAGGUGAAGAAUUGCAUGGAGAAACGGAACGAUUUUUGUCCCCAGGUAGGCGACAACUCGAUGGUGAACCUGGCCCCUGUUCUGAUCGGCGACGUUCCGGAAGCUCUGAAAGAGCCGAUGCUCAACAACGCCGACGACAUCAACGAGAACUGGAUUUUGCCGACCAACAAGAAGCUCGAUCCCACAAACCUCAACUUUCUCUGGAAAAUGAUGAGCGAAAGUAGGAGACUAAUGGAUUUGGACAAUUUCAGAGUAUUGUUCAGAGUUUGGCUGUCGCAGUAUGUUGAACGAGGAUAUUUCGAUGAAGCACUUGGGCCUUUUCAAUUACCCGGCCAAAGAAUUCCAACCGGGAUUCACCGAACCGCCUGCCGACCACUACUAUCGCGCCUACUACCUCGCUGUUUAUGAGGUCGGGAAGAGAAAUCCAGAUCUAUGAUUUAUACAAUUUUUGAAACUCGUCCCAUUAGAACAGUCAAAUUUGAAACUGACAGGAAAUAAGUUAUUCAAUCAUUUCAAGGAUCUUUCAAAUGAACUUGAUAGUUUUUUUUGGUUUCUAGAUAUAUAUUCUGAAUUUAACUCAGUAUCUGGCCAGAGUGAAUUUUGGAUUGUGAGAAUGACAAAUUCACGAACUUUAGAAGUGGCUCUACAGCGUUUGCAAAGAUGGAACCCAGCUGCAAAAGGAAUUCGUCGGACUCUGGAGGAAAUUUGCUCAUCGUUACCAAAACAUUUGUCACUUUGGAUUCACUUUUGUCACGACGUUAAUUUUUACUUUCCAUACUUCUUCUUGAUUUUUCUAACUUGUUUUUUUUUUCAGUUUGACUCAUGAAGCUGGACUUGUCCUGGAAACUCUCGAUGAGAGUUUGAGCAAUCAUCUGGCUCAACUGGCUUUGAACGGUGAAUUUUGAAGUUUUCUGGAAUGAGUAACAUGUCAUUUUCGGCAGCUGAACUGUACUGAAUUCGAUAUUUUCAUGAUUAAUAAUCCGUGAAUCGAAACUUUGCGACAUCCAGAGAAACUAAAACAAUACGAAAUUGUUGUGACUUUUUCCCGAGUUCUUUUGAAGUUGACUGGUUUUUAGGAGGUUUGGAUAAUGCGGUUUCCGUCAUAAUGGGUGACCAUGGCAACCGAAUCGGACUUGUUCAGUUGAGUUACACGGGUCGAAUCGAGGAACGCAUGCCUCUUUUGGCGAUUCGACUCCCCACUGGCUUCAAGGUCUUUCUUCCUUCUUUUUAAUUUCUUCAACAGUAAAUUUCAGGAAAAAUACCCGAGAGAGUACAGGAAUUUUAUCAGCAACAAGUACAAACUCACCAGUAACUUCGACUUGCAUCAGAUGCUGAAAGAUGUUGCUUUGAUGAGAUUGGGUGACGUCAUAAACUCUUUUAAAGGAGAUAAAAGCCGCGGAAUCAGUCUGUUUGAUAAAAUUCCAGCUCAUAGGUCAGUUUCUGACACACUCCUCCGGAAAAUAUGGCUGAUUCUCAAUUCAGAACAUGCCGUGAUGCUUAUAUUCCAAUAAAUUUCUGCACUUGCAUGGUCGACGUUAGUGGAGAAGAAACCCUGUACACCAAGUAUAAAAUAGCUCCAAAGUCCGAAGAACAGCGCAAAAAGGUAAGAAACGAAACGAGAAAGGUUUGCAAAAAUUGCAAAAAUAUUUGACCCAGGCAGGGCUCGAACCUGCAAUCUUCUGAUUAGAAGUCAGACGCCUUAUCCAUUAGGCCACAGGGCCGACGAGUUGCAGAGCGCCCCCGCGCCGCUACGUGUCCUCUCCUCGCACACUCAAUGUUCAAACAUUGCAGGAGAGUCUGACGGCCGUUUUUAAAUGGCUGAGAGAAGAGAAACUGGACUCUUGUCUGCGAAUCGAAUCGAUCAAACUCGUCAAGGACAACUUCUUCACGAGUUUGUCGCUGAACAUGUACGCGAGGCACGGAUUGCGCUCUUUCAAUAACAAAACGGCGAAUGAAGAAGUCAAAAAUGGAUCGAAGUACUACGACGUACGUUUAAUAUUCAUUUUCUCUUUGUUAAAAAAGAGUAGUUACACGUUCUCAAGACGGAAACGUUUUUAUUUUUUUCUAGAUAGAUUAAAUUUCAGAUAUUUAAAGAAAAAAACUUCACCGAAAAGCAUUAAAAUUUUAUAAAAAAAACAUAAAAGGUGAGCAAGAAAAUAAAAUAAACUUAAAAAGCCGAGAAGUAAAAAUUCAGCGAUCUCUGAAAACAGCGUCAAUUACAGUUUGUUUCGCAUGAGAUGAAAGUAGACGGACUGACGGCAUCUGGAGAAGACGUGCAGCUUCUCGUUCGCACCGAAGAAGACGUAGUUUUCAACAUGACGUCACUUGUCUUCGAGCCCUUCGUGCGAAUCGCGCCACGACGUUGCCGUUUCAAUUCUAUUUCCGACGUUUGCACAUGUCUUCAGAAAUAG